AUGGUUGUAAAAGUAGGCAUUAAUGGUUUUGGCCGAAUAGGUAGAAUAUUAUUCAGAACUUGUUUUGAGAAUUCAAAUAUUGAGGUAUCUGCUAUUAAUGAUCCUGCUAUAGAUGUGGAAUACAUCUGUUAUUUAAUGAAAUUUGAUUCAACACAUGGAAAGCUUAACGCAACUAUCGAGUCAUAUAACGAUGAUAUAAAAAUUAACGGUAAUUUAACAAAAAUAUUUCACGAGAAACAGCCAGCCGCGGUACCGUGGCAAUCUGCCGGCGUGCAAUAUGUUAUUGAAUCAUCGGGAAUGUUCACUAGUCUAGAAAAGGCGUUGGGUCAUCUAUCGGGCGGAGGCGUGAGGCGAGUCGUGGUCACUGCGCCAAGCGUUGACGUUCCUAUGAUAAUACUGGGGGUGAAUGACGAUAAACUGCAUCCAGAUCAAAAGGUAAUAUCGUGUGCUUCGAGCACUCUCUACUGUUUGGCGCCAAUAAUGAAAGUUCUAGAAAAUGACUUCGGUGUCGCAGAGGGAUUUGUUACAAGCAUUCAUGCCAUGACGCCCUCUUUAAAACCCUUGGACGGUUUGUGUUUAAGAGGAAAGCACUGGCGAGAUCAUAGAAGUAUUCAUCAGAACAUAAUACCAGCGAUUACAGGUGCUUGCAAGGUGCUCGGAAAAAUACUACCGCAAUCUAAAGACAAAAUGAUCGGAUUAAAUAAAGACACAAAAUUACAGAACAUUGUUAGAAGUGUAGAGAAUGCAAGCAAAACUUAUUUGAAAGGUAUAAUAAAUAUAUCGAAAGAAGAGGCAGUCUCAUCUGAUUUUAAUAAAGAUACUCAUUCUUGCAUUUUGGAUGUCAACUCGAGUAUGCAGCAUAAAUCUAAUUUUUUUAAACUUGUUUGUUGGUAUGAGAAUGAGUUUUCAUACGCAUGUCGCGUGAUCGAUUCCAUAUUUUUCUCUGAAAAACAAUAUAAUCAAAAUAUUGAAGAAACAAACCUAAAAUCUCUUGUAAUUAGGCAAAAGAAUUUGACACGGGAAUCACUCGAAUAUGUUAGAAGACCUUAUAUUGUUGGUUGUAACUGUACCACAGAUACUCUUCCGAAUGUAUUGAAAGAUGUUUCUAAAAGCAUGGACUUUAAGAUAAAACCACGGUAUAGUCAAAUAUUUCGAAAGAGCCCAUUUUCAUCUCAAAUAUCUGUGAUAAAUCAAUCGAAACUAGCUGAUUGGAAGACAAAGAACGGAAGUGAUAUACCUAAAACCUUAGACUACGAUGAAAUGACUGAUAAAUCUGCUUCGAAACACAAUAAGAAAUCAUUUUUUAAAAGUUGCAUCUCAUUAAAGUUGCCAAGUGCAGAUCGAAAAGACACCAAAAAAGUCCGAAAUGGUCUGGAGAAUGUUAAGAGAGAAUUUAAUAAAAUGGUGAAUAUCACAGAAGAAUUACUUAAAAAAUCAAAAGAGCAUCAGUUUAAUAGGUUGAAGACUGUUUCUAGUGAGAGUAAAAUAGAAUAUAAUUUGAAUGAAUCACAGAAAGAACCAGAUCUUAUAAAAAUAAAUGUGAAUAAUGAUAACAUUUUUAAUAAAAAUGCUUCAAAAAUCCAGACGGACAAUUUACUUGAUAAUAAGUAUUUAAAUAAGGAAAAUAAAUACGCAGUAACACAAAAUUCGGAAGCAAUAAUUCUUAAAAAUGUUGAUAAAAAUUUGACAAUUGAUAAGAAAAGUAAAGAAUGUAUUGAAGGUGAUGAUCGAAUAGCAUUACAAGAGGAAAGUAAUAUUCAUGUCAAAAUUUUAUACGAUUUUUUUGAAUCAAAUGCAAGAUCCCGUAUUUCGAGUGAAAUUAUUUCUGAACAAGCAGUAAAUGAGCUACAAGAAUAUAAAACAAAAAAUAAUAUUCAGAAAUAUAGUUUUCAUGAAAUACCUACCAGUCCCAUUAAUGUGAUGAGUCAUGAGUGCCAUUUAAUUACGAAGAAGAAAAGUGAAAAACAAAUUCAAGAGCAAUAUUUAGUUGAUGAAAGUUUGGAGGCAGGAAACACAAUUACUAGUAGAGAUGGUAUAACUACGGUGUUGGAAAAUAAAAAUGCAGAAAAUAUAAUUGAAACUGUGACAUUUGGAAAGACUGAAGAUUAUCUUCAGCCUGUCAAAACAGUGCAAAACGAAAGUAAGACUUUAAGACGAAUUGUUGAUAAACAAAACGAUUUAGCUGUUAAACAAGUAAUAUCUAGAAAUAUAUUAUUGCGUCCAAGUCAAGAAACAACAAACACAUCAAUAUACAAGGAUGUAAACGAAACGAAUGAUGAUGAUAUCUAUGAUAAACUUGAUAGCACAAGCGCAACUAAUUCAGAUAAUUCAUUUCAUAUGAAUGAAAAACAAUCACAAGUUAUUUAUAUAAAUGAAUUGACAAAUUCCUUAGACGAUUUGUCACGUUUGGAAAAGAUUUGUAGAAUUAUUGAAAUUUCCGAUGACCUGUCAAAUCAAUUAUUUUCAACAUUGAAAGACGGUGAUACUACCAACAUGAAAAAUAAAAAAUGGUCCUUUAAAGAUCUUUGUGAAAAAAUUCAACUGGAUGAAUUUUGUAACAAAGUUUUCGGUCAAACAAAUAAGUAA